CCCGUUCUCCGGUUCCUCCCGGGGCUGACUGGCUUCUAAGGAGUGUUAAAGUCCCCGUGGCCACUUCCAGCGUCGCCAAGCACAGCGCAGCUCUCGGCGGGAGGUGGAAGGUCAGGGGAGGGGCCGGGCUUUCUUCUGUCCCUGAACGAGAUCUGGAGAUCUGGGCUGCGCUGGGCUCCUGAAGCCCUUGUUCUUUCUCGGGCCACCGCGGCGGCCGCCGCCCAACCCGUAGCUCCAGAGACGGGUGCAAAGUGCCGUGUCAUUGGGAAAGCUGGUGGCCGGGGCAUUGAAUUCCAUGAAGCUGGAGUAGGACUGCGGGGGUGGGAAAUGAACAGGAGCCCCUGUUCUCGCAAUACACUCUGACUAGCCCACUCUGACUAGCCGGGUGAGGAAGUCGGAGGCGGGGUCCUAGCCUAGCCCUCUUCAGGGCUGGACUAGCCUGUUCCUCUUCAGGACAACACCUGGGAGCCGGCAGCCAGCCAGCCAAGUCGGUUUUGCUCCUGAGGGGACCCUCCGCCUGUGCAUUGGCUCUGCCCCUCCCGUUUCAUGAUGCUGCGAGUCUUCAUCCUCUUCGCGGAGAAUGUCCACACCCCGGACUCCGACAUCAGCGACGCCUACUGCUCCGCUGUGUUUGCAGGGGUGAAGAAGAGAACCAAAGUCAUCAAGAACAGUGUGAACCCUGUGUGGAAUGAGGGCUUUGAGUGGGACCUCAAAGGUAUUCCUCUAGACCAGAGCUCAGAACUUCACGUGGUGGUCAAGGACCAUGAGACGAUGGGGAGAAACAGGUUCCUGGGGGAAGCCAAGAUCCCACUCCAGGAGGUCCUCGCCACCCCCAGCCUGUCGGCCAGCUUCAACGCACCUCUGCUGGACACCAAGCAACAACCCACGGGGGCCUCUCUGGUCCUGCAGGUGUCCUACACGCCACCCCCAGGAGCUGUGCCCUUGUUCCCACCACCCGCUUCUCUGGCACCCUCUCCGACGCUGCCUGACAUGGACCUGGUGCCUGGUGGGGGACAGAGCCGGGCUGAAACUUGGUCCCUGCUCAGUGACAGCACCAUGGACACACGAUACUCUGGGAAGAAGUGGCCAGUCCCCACGGACACAGGAGGGGAGGAAGACCCUGAGGACCAGGGGCUGACUGGAGAUGAAGCUGAGCCAUUCCUGGAUCAGGGUGGUGCCGCGGGCCCAGGGGGACCAACCACACCCAAGAAGCCGCCUUCCCACCCGCCUCCCCACCAGCCAGCGGGAAAAAGAAGAAGAAGCUCAGCCCCACCCAGAAAGCUGCUGUCGGACAAGCCACAGGACUUCCAGAUCAGAGUCCAAGUGAUAGAGGGGCGUCAGCUGCCUGGGGUGAACAUCAAGCCUGUGGUCAAGGUCACAGCCGCUGGGCAGACCAAGCGGAGUCGCAUCCAGAAGGGCAACAGCCCCCUCUUCAAUGAGACUCUUUUUUUCAACGUAUUUGACUCUCCCUCGGAGCUGUUUGAUGAACCCAUCUUCAUCACGGUGGUGGAUUCACGCUCCCUCAGGACGGAUGCCCUCCUUGGCGAGUUCCGGAUGGAUGUGGGCACCGUGUACAGAGAACCCCGACAUGCUUAUCUCCGCAAGUGGCUGCUGCUCUCCGACCCCGAGGACUUCUCGGCAGGGGCCAGAGGCUACCUCAAAGCCAGCCUGUGUGUGCUGGGGCCUGGGGACGAAGCUCCUCUGGACAGGAAAGACCCUUCUGAAGACAAGGAGGACAUUGAAGGCAACUUGCUUAGGCCCACCGGCGUGGCCCUUCGUGGAGCCCACUUCUGCCUGAAGCUCUUCCGGGCUGAGGACUUACCGCAGAUGGACGAUGCCGUGAUGGACAACGUCAAGCAGAUCUUCGGCUUUGACAGCAACAAGAAGAACUUGGUGGACCCUUUUGUGGAAGUCAGCUUUGCUGGGAAAAUGCUCUGCAGCAAGAUCCUGGAGAAGACGGCCAACCCUCAGUGGAACCAGAACAUCACGUUGCCCGCGAUGUUUCCCUCUAUGUGUGAAAAAAUGAGGAUUCGUGUCAUGGACUGGGACCGCCUCACUCACAAUGACACUGUGGCCACCACCUACUUGGGAAUGUCGAAAAUCUCUGCCCCAGGAGGAGAAAUAGAAGUGGACGACAACCUGGGCUUCCUCCCCACCUUUGGCCCCUGCUACGUGAACCUCUACGGCAGUCCCCGGGAGUUCACGGGCUUCCCAGACCCUUAUGCAGAGCUCAACACAGGGAAGGGAGAAGGUGUGGCUUACCGAGGCCGGCUUCUGCUGUCUCUAGAGACCAGACUGGUGGAGCACAGUGAGCAGAAGGUGGAAGACCUUCCUGCUGAUGACAUCCUGCGUGUGGAGAAGUACCUCCGGAGGCGCAAAUACUCCCUCUUUGCCGCCUUCUACUCAGCCACAAUGCUGCAGGAUGUGGAUGACGCCAUCCAGUUCGAGGUCAGCAUUGGCAACUACGGAAACAAGUUCGACACCACCUGCCUGCCACUGGCCUCCACCACCCAGUACAGCCGGGCAGUCUUUGAUGGGUGCCACUACUAUUACUUGCCUUGGGGCAAUGUGAAGCCAGUGGUGGUACUGUCCUCAUACUGGGAAGACAUCAGCCAUCGAAUUGAGACUCAAAAUCAGCUCCUGCAGAUCGCUGACCGGCUGGAAGCUAGCCUGGAGCAGGUCCACCUGGCUCUGAAGGCACAGUGUUCCUCUGAGGACAUGGACGCCCUGGUGGCGCAACUGACGGACGAGCUCCUGGCAGACUGCAGCCAGCCCCUGUGUGACAUCCAUGAAAUACCUUCUGCUACCCACCUUGAUCAAUAUCUGUUCCGGCAACGUACCCGUCACCUGAGCCAGAUCAAAGAAGCUGCCCUGGCCUUGAAGCUUGGCCACAGUGAGCUCUCCACUGCCCUGGAGCAGGCUGAGGACUGGCUUCUUCGUCUCCGUGCCCUGGCUGAGGAGCCCCAGAACAGCCUGCCAGACAUCAUCAUCUGGAUGCUGCAGGGUGAUAAGCGCGUGGCCUACCAGCGGGUACCCACCCAUGAAGUCCUCUUCUCCCGGCGGGGCGCCAGCUACUGUGGCAGGAAUUGUGGAAAGCUGCAGACCAUCUUUCUGAAAUAUCCCAUGGAGGGUGCGCCUGGGGCCCGAAUGCCUGUGCAGAUCCGGGUCAAGCUCUGGUUUGGGCUCUCUGUGGAUGAGAAAGAAUUCAAUCAGUUUGCCGAGGGGAAACUCUCUGUCUUUGCUGAAACGUAUGAGAACCAGACGAAGCUGGCGCUGGUCGGGAACUGGGGCACAACAGGCCUCACCUACCCCAAGUUUUCUGACGUCACAGGCAAGAUCAAACUACCAAAGGACAGCUUCCGCCCCUCAGCUGGCUGGGCCUGGGCAGGGGACUGGUUCGUGUGUCCAGAGAAGACCCUGCUCCAUGAUGCUGACGCUGGUCAUCUGAGCUUUGUGGAGGAGGUUUUUGAGAACCAGACCCGGCUCCCUGGAGGCCAGUGGAUCUAUAUGAGUGAUAAUUACACUGAUGUGAAUGGGGAGAAGGUGCUUCCAAAGGACGAUAUUGAAUGCCCACUGGGCUGGAAGUGGGAAGAUGAAGAAUGGUCCGUAGACCUCAAUCGGGCUGUCGAUGAGCAAGGCUGGGAGUACAGUAUCACCAUCCCCCCGGACCGAAAGCCAAAACACUGGGUCCCUGCUGAGAAGAUGUAUUACACUCACAGACGUCGGCGCUGGGUCCGACUGCGCAGGAGGGAUCUCAGCCAGAUGGAGGCACUGAAGAGGCACAGGCAGGCAGAGGCUGAGGGCGAGGGCUGGGAGUACGCCUCUCUCUUUGGCUGGAAAUUCCACCUGGAGUACCGCAAGACAGAUGCCUUCCGCCGCCGGCGCUGGCGCCGCCGCAUGGAGCCACUGGAGAAGACCGGGCCGGCAGCUGUGUUUGCCCUCGAGGGGGCCCUGGGUGGCAUGGUGGAUGACAAGAGUGAAGAUUCCAUGUCCGUCUCCACCCUGAGCUUCGGCGUUAACAGACCCACGAUCUCCUGCAUCUUUGACUAUGGGAACCGCUACCAUCUGCGUUGCUACCUGUACCAGGCCCGAGACCUGCCAGCCAUGGACAAAGACUCCUUCUCGGGUAGACCCCUAUGCAUCGUCUCCUUCCUGCAUCAGAGCCAGAAGACGGUGGUGGAGAAAAACACUCUGAACCCCACCUGGGAUCAAACCCUCAUUUUCUACGAGAUUGAGAUCUUUGGUGAGCCGGCCAGUGUGGCAGAACAGCCACCCAGCAUUGUGGUGGAGCUGUAUGACCACGACACCUAUGGUGCUGAUGAGUUCAUGGGUCGCUGUAUCUGUCAGCCCAGCCUGGAACGGAUGCCCCGAUUGGCCUGGUUCCCAUUGACCAGAGGCAGCCAGCCUGCGGGCGAGCUGCUGGCAGCAUUUGAGCUGAUCCAGAGAGAGAAGCCAGCAAUCCACCAUAUUCCUGGCUUUGAGAUGCACGAAACUUCAAGGAUACUGGAUGAGACGGAGGACACAGACUUGCCUUACCCACCACCCCAGAGGGAGGCCAACAUCUACAUGGUGCCCCAGAACAUCAAGCCAGCUCUCCAGCGCACAGCCAUCGAGAUCCUGGCCUGGGGCCUGAGGAACAUGAAGAGCUAUCAGAUGGCCAGCAUCUCUUCCCCUAGCCUCGUGGUGGAGUGUGGGGGCCAGACAGUGCAAUCCUGUGUCAUCAGAAACCUCCGGAAGAACCCCAACUUUGACGUCUGCACCCUGUUCAUGGAAGUGAUGUUGCCCCGAGAGGACCUCUACUGUCCCCCGAUUGUGGUCAAGGUCAUUGAUAAUCGUCAGUUUGGCCGCCGGCCCGUAGUGGGCCAGUGCACCAUUCGCUCCCUGGAGAAGUUCCUGUGUGACCCAUACUCAGCAGAAAGUCCUUCCCCACAGGGCGGCCCAGAUGAUGUGAGCCUUCUCAGCCCUGGGGAGGAUGUGCUUAUCGACAUUGACGACAAGGAGCCUCUCAUCCCUGUCCAGCUCGCAGAUGGGCUGUCAAGCUUGGCCCCCACUAACCUGAGGUCUUCUCCGUCCAGUCCUCAUGAGGAAGAGUUCAUUGACUGGUGGAGCAAGUUCUUUGCCUCUGUCGGGGAGAGGGAAAAGUGUGGUUCCUACCUGGAGAAGGAUUUUGACACCCUGAAGGUCUAUGACACACAGUUGGAGAACGUCGAGGCUUUUGAAGGCCUGUCGGACUUUUGUAACACCUUCAAGCUUUACCGGGGCAAGACUCAGGAGGAGGCAGAAGACCCGUCUGUCAUCGGAGAAUUUAAGGGUCUCUUCAAAAUUUAUCCCCUCCCAGAAGAUCCAGCCAUCCCGGUACCCCCGAGACAAUUCCACCAGCUGGCUGCCCAGGGCCCCCAGGAAUGCUUGGUCCGUAUCUACAUUGUACGAGCAUUUGGCUUACAACCCAAGGACCCCAAUGGCAAGUGCGACCCUUACAUCAAGAUCUCCAUAGGGAAGAAAUCAGUGAGUGACCAGGAUAACUACAUCCCUUGCACCCUGGAGCCCGUAUUUGGAAAGAUGUUCGAGCUCACCUGCACCCUGCCUCUGGAGAAGGACCUGAAGAUCACACUCUAUGACUACGACCUCCUCUCCAAGGACGAGAAGAUCGGGGAGACAGUCAUCGACCUGGAGAACAGGCUGCUGUCCAAGUUUGGAGCUCGCUGUGGGCUCCCACAGACCUACUGUGUCUCUGGACCAAACCAGUGGAGAGACCAGCUCCGCCCCUCGCAGCUCCUCCAGCUCUUCUGCCAGCAGCACAGGGUCAAGGCCCCCGUGUACCGGACAGACCGAGUGACAUUUCAGGAUAAGGAAUACACCAUUGAGGAGAUCGAGGCUGGUAGACUCCCGAACCCCCACCUAGGCCCAGUGGAGGAGCGCUUAGCCCUGCAUGUCCUUCAGCAGCAAGGCCUGGUCCCUGAGCACGUGGAGUCACGGCCUCUUUACAGCCCUCUGCAGCCCGAUAUUGAACAGGGGAAGUUACAGAUGUGGAUUGACCUAUUUCCAAAGGUGCUGGGCCGGCCUGGACCCCCUUUCAACAUCACCCCACGGAGAGCUAGGAGGUUUUUCCUGCGUUGUAUUAUUUGGAACACAAAAGAUGUGAUCUUGGAUGACCUCAGCCUCACGGGGGAGAAGAUGAGUGACAUCUAUGUGAAAGGCUGGAUGGUGGGAUUUGAAGAACACAAACAGAAGACAGAUGUGCACUACCGCUCCCUUGGUGGCGAGGGCAAUUUCAACUGGAGGUUUGUGUUCCCAUUCGAUUAUCUGCCCGCCGAGCAAGUCUGUGCUGUCGCCAAGAAGGAUGCCUUCUGGAGACUUGACAAGACAGAGAGCAAGAUCCCAGCACGCGUGGUCUUCCAGAUUUGGGACAACGACAAGUUCUCUUUUGAUGACUUUCUGGGUUCCCUGCAACUGGAUCUCAACCGAAUGCCCAAGCCAGCCAAGACGGCUGAGAAGUGCUCCUUGGACCAGCUGGAUGACACCUUCCACCCUGAAUGGUUUGUGUCCCUUUUUGAGCAGAAGACAGUGAAAGGAUGGUGGCCUUGCGUGACAGAGGAGGGUGAGAAGAAGAUGCUGGCGGGCAAGCUGGAAAUGACCUUGGAGAUCGUUGCAGAGAGUGAACAUGAGGAACGGCCUGCUGGCCAGGGUCGGGAUGAACCCAACAUGAAUCCGAAGCUAGAGGAUCCAAGGCGCCCUGACACCUCUUUCCUGUGGUUCACCUCUCCGUACAAGACCAUGAAGUUCAUCUUGUGGCGACGCUUCCGGUGUGCCAUCAUCCUCUUCAUCAUCCUUUUUAUCCUCCUGCUCUUCCUGGGCAUCUUUGUCUACGCCUUCCCGAACUAUGCUGCCAUGAAGCUGGUGAAGCCCUUUAGCUGAAGAUGUCUACUCUGGAGAAGGGGGCACAGGCUGCUUCCUGGCCCAGGACUGGCUGCUCCUCCGUUCCUCCGGGGCCUGGUGGUCUUGCACAUGCUCCCUGAGUUCUUGGGAUUACUCUGUUUUCAUCGUCCUUUUCUCCCCCAACCCGACUCUCUUUUGAAUGAACUCUUGGCUAUCUCAGGAUAAAGCAGACAGAUCCCCAGACUGUG